CAGGCACCUCCGACCAUGUCUUCAAAGGCCAUUCGUGAGCACGACGGUAAGCUGCUGCUCGCCCAGCACCUCACCGGCACCGGGUACAACCUGGCCCCGGUGCGUGUGGCGCAGGUCCUGGCCACCCCCUCGCCGGUGGCCGGCGAGGAGGACACCGUUGUCCUCCCCUCGCCCCUGGACCACCCUUGGCUCCAGGGCGACACCCGCCUCGUGGUUAAGCCCGAUGAGCUGAUCAAGCGCCGCGGCAAGCUGGGUCUGCUGCUGCUGAACGCCGACUGGGACGCCGCCUCGGCCUGGGCCACGGACCGCAUCCGCCGCGAGGUCCACCUGCCGACCACCGGGCACGAUGGCGACGAGGAUGACGACUGCGCCCCCCCGGCCGAGGAUGCCAAGACCAUCCCGGCUCGCCUGCACCACCUGCUGGUGGAGCCCUUCAUCCCCCACGACUCCAAGACCGAGGAGCACUACGUGUGCAUCCGUUCCGUGCGCCAUGGCGAUGAGAUCCUCUUCAGUGCUCGUGGCGGCAUCGAUGUCGGCGAUGUGGAUGCCACCGCUUCCCGGCUGCUGGUGCGCGCGCCGAUCGAUUCCUUCGACGGGCGUAACCCCACCACUGCCUGGCGUGGGAGUGCCUCGAGCGCCGCCGGCGCCGGGGAUUCCUCCGCCUCCGCCGCCGAUCUCGGCUGGGACGAUGACAAUGAGUGGUACCACCCGACCGAGUCCGACUGGCAUGGCGACUCGGCCCUGACCACCGAGCACCUGCUGAAGCACCUGCUCAGCCCGGAGCAGUGCCCCGACCUGCAGGAUGACCGCCGCGCCGCGCUGGCCGCCUUCAUCGUCGACCUGCACCGGGUGUACACCCGCCUGCACUUCACCUAUCUGGAGAUCAACCCGCUGGUCUUCUGCCAGGGGAAGGUUUACAUCCUGGAUCUGGCCGCCAAGCUGGACACCACCGCCGAAUUCGAGUGUGCCCGGCUUUGGGAGCUCAGCUCGGCCGUGGUGCCGGCCAGCGAUGAGCUGGGGUCCGGCACGCGUGCGGCCCCGAAUGCCGCGGCGCCCGGUGCCCCGGAGCAGGCCCAGCGCCUGCGCCGGCGGAUGCCGGACUUCCCGGCUCCCCUGGGCCGGCCGAUGUCCGACGCCGAGCGCUACAUCGCCGAGCUCGAUGCCAAGACCGGUGCCUCUCUCAAGCUGACGGUCUUGCAGCCGCGCGGCCGUGUGUGGACCCUGGUGGCUGGUGGCGGUGCCUCGGUGGUCUAUGCCGAUGCCGUGACCGCGGCCCUCGGCGCCGAGGUGGCCGGGCGCGAGCUGGCCAACUACGGCGAGUACUCCGGCGCCCCGACCGAGUCCCAGACCUUCGAGUACACUCGCACCGUCCUGCGCCUGAUGACCACCAUCCACCCGGAGGAUGAGGCCAAGACCGACCUGCCGCCGCGUGUGCUGCUCAUCGGUGGUGGCAUCGCCAACUUCACCAAUGUCGCGGCCACCUUCCGCGGCAUUGCCCGGGCCCUGCGCGAUGCGGCCCCGGCCCUGAAGCGUGUCAACGCUCGGAUUUGGGUCCGCCGUGGUGGCCCCAACUACCAGGAGGGUCUGCGCCACAUGCGCCAGCUUGGCUCGGAGAUCGGCAUCAAGAUCCGCGUCUACGGCCCGGACAGCUUCAUCACCCAGAUCGUCAAGUACUCUCUGGUUGAUGCCGGCUUCAUCGAUGGGCGUGCUGCUCCUGCCUGCACUGCUGGCGACGAUGACAUCCCCCUGUCGCCCUCGAUGGCCGCCCUGACUCGCAACGACUCGAAGGUUGGCAACGAGUUCAGCGAUGAGGAUGAGAUCGAGACCACCGUCACCUCAGCCGCCCGUGCGGCUGCGGUCAAGUCCGCCUCCAAGUAUGGCCGCCCUUCGGCCUCCGACAACGCUCCCAGCAGCGUUGACCCCUCUCCCAGCAUCCCGCUUCCGCGCGAUGCGGCGGUGUCCUCGACCGACAACGACUCCGAGGAGGACUCGCGUGCCGGCUCGCCGGUCAGCCUGGCCUCGGUCUCGCGUGCCCUUCUUGACCGCAAGACCCGUGCUUUCAUCUAUGGCAUGCAGCCGCGCGCUGUUCAGGGCAUGCUGGACUUCGACUAUAUGUGCAAGCGCAAGACCGCCUCCGUGGCCGGUAUCAUCUACCCCUUCGCCGGUGGGCGUCACGUUCAGAAGUUCUACUGGGGCACUCGUGAGAUCAUGGUGCCCGUGUACACGGAUAUCGCCGAUGCGGCUGCCCGCCACCCGGAGGCCGACACCGUGGUCAACUUCGCCAGUUGCCGGUCGGCCUACGAGGCCACCUGCGACCUGAUGGCUCACAUCCCCGGGCUCCGGUCGAUUGCCAUCAUUGCCGAGGGUGUGCCGGAGCGCCACACCAAGUCCCUGAUUCGCCGGUCGCGCGCGCUCGGCGUGACCCUCAUCGGCCCGGCCACCGUGGGUGGUGUUCAGCCUGGGGCCUUCAAGAUCGGCAACACCGGCGGCAUGGUGGACAACCUGAUCGAUGCCAAGCUCUACCGUCCCGGGUCGGUGGGCUACGUGUCCAAGUCGGGCGGCAUGUCCAACGAGCUGAACCGUCUGCUGUCCCGGCACACGGACGGUGUGUAUUCCGGUGUGGCUGUCGGUGGCGACCGCUAUCCGGCCACCACCUUCCUGGAUCACAUCCUGCGCCUGGAGGAUGACCCGGCCUGCAAGAUGCUGGUUCUGUUGGGCGAGGUUGGUGGGCGCGAGGAGAUCGCCGUCGCCAAGGCCAUCGCCUCGGGCCGGGUGACCAAGCCCAUGGUGGCCUGGUGCAUCGGUACCUGUGCGGAUGCGCUGGCCGCCAGCGCCGGUGGUGCUGAGGUCCAGUUCGGCCAUGCCGGUGCCAUGGCCGGCGGUCGCGAGGAGACUGCCCUGGCCAAGAACCAGAUCCUCCGCAACGCCGGGUGCCAUGUGCCCAACUCCUUCGAGGAGUUCCCCGACAUGCUGGAGACCGUCUUCAACCAGCUGGUCGCCGAGGGCGUCAUCCCGCCGAAGGAGACCCCGGAGCCGGAGGCCCCGCGCAUGCCGAUCGACUACCACUGGGCCCAGGAGCUGGGUCUCAUCCGUAAGCCGGCCAACUUUGUCACCACCAUCGUCGAUGACCGUGGGCAAGAGCUUCUUUACUCUGGCAUGACCAUCAGCGAUGUCUUCCGCAAUGACAUCGGCAUUGGUGGUGUGCUGGGCCUGUUGUGGUUCCGCCGCCGUCUGCCGGAGUAUGCCGGCCGUUUCAUCGAGAUGGUGCUCAUGCUGACUGCCGACCAUGGCCCCGCCGUGGCCGGUGCCCACAACACCAUUGUCACCACGCGUGCCGGGAAGGACCUGAUCUCGGCGCUGGUGAGUGGUCUGCUGACCAUUGGCGACCGCUUUGGCGGUGCGCUUGACGGCGCGGCGGCCCAAUUCUCGGCGGCCUAUGACCAGGCCCUGCACCCGCACGAGUUCGUGGACUCCAUGCGUCGGAAGAAGCAGCUCAUCCAUGGCAUUGGCCAUCGGAUCAAGAGCCGCACCAACCCCGACCAGCGUGUGCAGAUUGUUUGCGACUAUGCGCGCCAGCACUUCCCCUCGACCCGGGUCAUGGACUAUGCCCUGGAGGUGGAGAAGGUCACCACGGCCAAGAAGGACAACCUCAUCCUCAAUGUGGAUGGUGCCAUUGCCGUGUGCUUCGUCGAUCUGCUCCGGUACUCCGGGCUCUUCACGGCCGAGGAGGCCGAGGAGUACAUCCAGCUUGGGAUUCUCAAUGGCCUCUUUGUGCUCGGCCGCUCGGUGGGCUUCAUCGGUCACUUCAUCGACCAGCGCCGCCUGCGCCAGGGCCUGUACCGCCACCCGUGGGAUGACAUUGCCUACCUGCGUCCGGAGGAGGCCGAGGGCAUGGGCUUCUCCGACAUGUAAGGGCGUGGCCACUGCUCUCCCUUGUCUCUGUUCUCUGUCUCUCGCCCUUUGUCAGCCGUUGGUGGCCCAGUGCCUCGUGGUUGGCACACGGGGCCGCGUGAGAAGAGGGCGGAGGGGAGGAGUAUGCGCGCGCGCGCGCAUAUCCACAGAGAGGAAGCAAUCCCGGGGGUCAUGAUUGGCCCUCCAGCCCUUCGACCUUUGCACACACCGAGAGAGACAUGCCUGCAAGAGAUGUGUCCCUUCUCUUUCUUUCUCUCCCUCUCUCCCUCUCUCUCUCUCUCUCUCCUUC